CGCUAACGGAAGGCGAGCGGUUGUCAGCGAGGGAGUGCGCCUGGGCAGGAGCUGGCGGUAGCAGACUUUCCAGGCGGCGGUGUUCCUUCUUUACAACGGCAGCGUGUCACAAUCAUGUAGAAUGGCAGAACCGCCGAGUAUUCCAUUUCGAACCACGGGUUCCAGGUUGUUCCAUCCGCUCAGUGUCCGCUUCAAUGUGCCACUGGACCAGGUGAAUUUUGCAGUAUGUCAGUUGUUUGCCCUUUUUGCAGCCUUCUGGUUCCGUCUUUAUCUCAGUCCCAGUCGAGCUGGUGUUGUCAUACGUCAUGUGGUCAUCACUAUGAUUGGCAUAUAUUUUGCUAUCUUCUGUUUUGGAUGGUACUCAUUGCACAUUUUUAUAGAAGUUUCUUUGUGUUACUGCAUUAUGAUAACAGCGAACGUCUCAAACAUUCACAGGUAUUCAUUUGUAGCAGCAAUGAGCUAUCUCACACUGUGUCAAAUUAGCAGAGUAUAUAUCUUUAAUUAUGGACUGUUGGCCACAGAUUUCUCUGGUCCCUUGAUGAUAGUCACUCAGAAAAUUACCAGCCUUGCCUUUCAAAUGCAUGAUGGACUGGGACGUAAAGAGGAAGAACUCACUGCUGAACAGCGCCGUCUUGCUGUUAGUUCAAGGCCUACUCUACUAGAGUAUUGCAGCUAUCACCUGAAUUUUCUAGGUAUUUUGGCUGGACCUGCCAGUAAUUACAAGGACUAUAUUGCUUUUAUUGAAGGCAACCAUAUAGACAUGAAACUAAUAGAAGAACAUUGGAAGCAAAAAGGCUUUAGCAAAUUUCCUGAUCCUUCCCCAUUGAGAGCUGUAGCAAACAAAAUGGUUAUCACCUUUGUAUGUCUAGUUUGGUUUAUGCUCAUCACGAAGAACUUCCCGAUCACCUACAAUGUGGAUGACAAGUUUAUAAGUGAAGCAUCGUUCUUCAGGAAACUCUGCUAUCUCUUUCUCUCAGUUCACGCAUCUAGACCCAAGUACUACUUUGCAUGGACUUUAGCUGAUGCAGUCAAUAAUGCCGGUGGCUUUGGGUUCAACGGCCUUGAUAAAAAUGGGAACAUACGAUGGGACUUAAUCUCAAACCUAAAUAUCUGGAAUAUUGAGACUGCUACAAGUUUUAAAAUGUGCCUUGACAGUUGGAACAUCCAAACUGGAGCUUGGCUAAAGGGUGUCUGCUAUGAUCGAGCACCUUAUUUCCCCACAGCUCUAACAUUUAUCCUUUCAGCCUUGUGGCAUGGAGUAUACCCUGGCUAUUACUUCACUUUCACAACUGCAAUCCUUAUUACGCUGGCAGCAAGAACAAUGAGGAGCAACUUUAGACAUUACUUCCUUUCUUCCAGGAUGAUGAAAACUGUCUAUGAUAUUAUUACUUGGGUUUCUACUCAACUGGCCCUCUGCUAUAUAGUAACACCUUUCCUCCUCCUGGGUGCAGAACCAACAAUCAAAUUCUACAAGUCAAUGUAUUUUCACUUUCACAUUCUGUGUGCCUUCGUGCUGCCAAUUCUGGCAGUCCAGAAGCGGAAGAGUAUUACGCAAACAAUUUCUUUGAAGGCCAACUCCUCUAACCCAGCACUCCGUCACCAGCAGCCCAAGAAAGAGCAGUAGUAACCCGGCAUUAAUGAAGUAUUUUGGAAGGGAGAGAUGCAAAAGAAAAACUUGAUGUUGUACGGGUGUGGAAAACAAAACAACCAACAGUUUGUAUGUGGGUGAUCUCAAUCUUGAGCAUUCAUCUGAAGAUUUAAUGAAUGAAAUGGUUUAAUGAAGCAUGUUUGUUUACUAUGCAGAGAUCCCUGCAUUGAACAGCCGCUUUUCCCUGACUCUAAAUGCAGUGCCUGUAGAACAUAGGCAUUGCUGUCAUUUGCCAACUCUUGAGUUUUUUUUCUCAAAACAGUAUGAUUGUCCCAUGAAUCUUUGGACACUUUCACUGUGAAUGGUAUAUAUAUGUAUAAAUGAUUUCUCAUUUGCUACCAGAGAAUUGUUGGUGAAAUUUUGAAGUUGAGUAAUAAUUAAAGAUAUUUUUGGCUAGA